AUGACUCACCCUGCCGAUGCGUUCAAGAAGGCCGACAUGACCGUCGACGAGUUCAAAGAGAGAAUGCAGGAAGCCUGCGCCAACUAUUUCGGCCCUGGUAUCCGACAUAGACGCUACGCCAACCUCCGAGUUCUUUGUGUUGCAUGGGCAACUGACCUCGGUCCCUCGGGAGAGGAGGAAGGGGGAUCACUUCACAUUGGUCCGUCGAGAGACAGUGUCUACGAUAUCUUCGUCAAUUCGUACAAAUACACCGGGGAGGCACUGAAUCUUCCAUACGAUGAAGCAUCCGCCAAUGCGUUGUUCCAGGAUGCACUUUCCAGGCUUCUUAAAGACCUCGGUGAGGAUGACUUGGCCAUCCUUUACUACAUCGGUCAUGGAGUGAGCGCCGUUCUAGAGCAAGAACACGGUCUUCUCCUACACCCAUCAAUGGAGGCGUUCGGCGAUCCCGUCCCGAAAGUUGAUUUUCACGGCAUCCGCACCAAGAUGAUCGACCCAGCUAAGACGCAUGUCCUUAUGCUUAUGGAUUGCUGCUGCGCCGCGGGAGGGGCACUUGGUAUUGGAAAAGAACUCAUUGCGGCGUCUGCUCACAACCAACCCGCGUACGGCGGUGAUACCGGAUUCACCUUUUCUCUCGUCCACCAUCUUCAACUUGCUUUCAAGGAGAAGCAUAUAUUGAGCACAGCCGAGUUGGUUUGCCGCCUGACAACGAGGGCCCUCCUCCCCUCCGAUGGCCAGCCCAGGCUGGAGACUAUGCCACACUUUCUUAGGUCUUAUGAGGACGCGGAGACGAACAAGACCAUCUACCUCACCCCCGACUUUCACCACGAUGACUGGACACCGGGAGCCAUCGAGCCGCUGUUCACCCAUCCCGUCCAAUUUAGACUCCGCGUCUACCUUGGCGACGCGAACGAGAGCACAGAGAGAGCCCUGAAGGCGUGGCUGCUCGAGAAUCGCCCUCAUAAUGUUAAGCGGGUGGAGAUCCAGGACAUAGUCUCUUUUAAAAUCAAUAAAAUAAUAAUUACUAUGAUAGCGAUUAACCACGACAGCGACAACCACGUCAGCGACAACCACGUCAGCGGCCACUACGAUAACAGCAACCAGGAGAAGUUUAUCCGCCGCCUUUAA